AUGGAGAUAUACAACUACCACAUCACUGACUUCUACUACCACUUUUCCAGAUACAACUACUACAUCAGCGACUUCUUCUACCACUCUACCAGACACAACUAUCACAUCACCGACUUCUACCACUCUACCAGAUACAACCGCCACAUCACCGACUUCUACUACCACUCAACCAGAUACAACUACAACAGCACCGACUUAUACUACCACUCUACCAGAUACAACUACCACAUCACCGACUUCUACUACCACUCAACCAGAUACAACUACCACAUCACCGACUUCUACUACCACUCAACCAGAUACAACUACCACAUCACCGACUUCUUAUACAACUACAACAGCACCGACUUCUACUACCACUCAACCAGAUACAACUACAACAGCACCGACGUAUACUACCACUCUACCAGAUACAACUACCACAUCACCGACUUCUACUACCACUCAACCAGAUACAACUACAACAGCACCGACGUAUACUACCACUCUACCAGAUACAACUACCACAUCACCGACUUCUACUACCACUCUACCAGAUACAACUACAACAGCACCGACUUCUACUACCACUCAACCAGAUACAACUUCUACAGCACCGACUUCUACUACCACUCCACCAGAUACAACUACAACAGCACCGACGUAUACUACCACUCAACCAGAUACAACUUCUACAGCACCGACUUCUACUACCACUCCAACAGAUACAACUACCACUGCACCGACUUCUACUACCAUUGUACCAGAUACAACUACAACAGGACCGACUUCUGCUACCAUUAA